GUUUUAAUGCCAAUCACUACUUUCACUGUGACUCAUCUCUCUCUAUCUUCUUUUCCCCACACCUCUCCAAUUGCUUACAAGUCACAGUCUCAGCCUUAUUCUGAACCCAAAACUCAUCUUCUUCUGUUGCCACUGCACUUCCUUGUGGCAAUGGAGGGUACCCUCUUCCCCAAUAGGCCAGUUUUACCCUCCACACCGCACAAACCUACACACCCUUUGAAAUUCAAACCAACUUUUUUACCACCACCCUCUCCCCCUCCUCCUCCUCCUCCUUCCUUUCAUUUAGAUUCCCUUCUCCAACAUCUCAAUCAUCUCUCUUCAGUUCCCAUCACCUCUCACACCCUCACACUUGUGCCUCCAAUUCAUGAUAAUAACACAACCCAUUUCCAAGAUUCUCUUAUUUCAGAGCACCCCAUUUCGCCCUCUGCCCCUCAGGACCACUUUGAUGAUGCAAAUUUUAAAUUUUUAUCAGAAAAGGGUAAGUUUAUGCUGAAUUCAAUUGUUGGGUCACCCUUGCAUGAAUUGAAUGCUUUCUUCAACUCUGUCAAGUUUGAUUUGCUUGAGGUUGACUUUCCCAGCUUGUUGAAAGCUUUGGACCUUUCUGGAAACUGGGAAAGAGCACUCUUGCUGUUUGAAUGGAUUUGGUUGCAUAGUGGGAAUGAUCAGAAGAAUGUCAGGGUGGAUAAUCAGGUUGUUGAAUUUAUGGUUAGGAUAUUGGGGAGAGAGUCACAGCAUUCAAUUGUGUGCAAGUUGUUUGAUUUUAUUCCUGUUGAAGAGUACUCACUUGAUGUAAGGGCUUGCACCACUAUUCUUCAUGCAUAUGCUCGCACUGGCAAGUAUAAACGGGCUAUUCAUAUGUUUGAGAAGAUGAAGGAGACUGGUCUUGAUCCAACUUUGGUCACUUACAAUGUUAUGCUUGAUGUUUAUGGCAAGAUGGGUAGGUCUUGGAAUAGGAUUUUGGACCUUUUGGAUGAGAUGAGAAGUAAAGGGCUUGAGUAUGAUGAAUUUACUUGCAGCACUGUGAUAUCUGCUUGUGGGAGAGAGGGUAUGCUUGAUGAAGCAAGGAAGUUUUUUGCUGAGUUGAAAUUGAAUGGAUAUAAACCUGGAACUGUUGCAUAUAAUUCUAUGCUGCAGGUUUUUGGAAAGGCUGGGGUUUACGCUGAGGCAUUGAAUAUCUUGAAGGAGAUGGAGGAUAAUAAUUGCCCUCCUGAUUGUGUUACUUACAACGAGCUCGUGGCGGCAUAUGUAAGAGCUGGGUUUCUUGAUGAAGGGGCUGCUGUCAUAGAUACGAUGAUGAGCAAAAGAGUGAUGCCAAAUGCUAUUACUUAUACCACUGUGAUAGAUGCAUAUGGUAAGGCGGGAAAGGAGGACAAGGCGCUAGCAUUGUUUGGCAAGAUGAAGGACUUGGGUUGUGUUCCCAAUGUGUGCACUUACAACUCUGUUCUUGCAAUGCUAGGCAAGAAGUCAAGAUCUGAAGAGAUGAUAAAUGUUCUCUGUGACAUGAAAUUGAAUGGAUGUGCUCCUAAUCGAGCUACGUGGAACACCAUGCUUGCUGUUUGUGGUGAGAAGGGUAAGCACAAUUAUGUUAAUCAGGUUUUAAGGGAAAUGAAAAGAUGUGGGUUUGAGCCUGACAAAGACACAUUCAAUACAUUGAUUAGUGCAUACGGUCGGUGUGGAUCUGAGGUUGAUUCUGCAAAAAUGUAUGGGGAGAUGGUCAAAGCAGGCUUUACUCCGUGUGUAACAACGUAUAAUGCUCUUCUAAAUGCUCUUGCAAGGCGAGGUGAUUGGAAAGCAGCAGAAUCUGUCAUUCUGGAUAUGCGGACUAAAGGCUUUAAGCCUAAUGAAACUUCAUACUCACUGUUGCUUCACUGUUAUUCCAAGGAUGGGAAUGUCAAGGGGAUAGAAAAAGUUGAGAAAGAAAUUUAUGAUGGUCAUGUCUUUCCUAGUUGGGUACUUCUGAGAUCCCUUAUCAUUGCAAACUACAAGUGCAAACAGCUCAAAGGAAUGGAAAAGGCAUUUGAUCAAUUGCAAAAGAAUGGAUACAAACCUGAUUUGGUUAUAGUAAACUCCAUGCUAUCAAUGUUUGCCCGAAACAAGAUGUUUGUUAAGGCUCGCGAAAUGCUACAUUUUAUUCAGGAAAGUGGGUUGGAGCCAAAUCUUGUCACCUAUAAUAGCUUGAUGGACUUGUAUGUCCGAGAGGGCGAGUGUUGGAAAGCAAAUGAAGUGCUCAUGGGGCUUCAAAACUCUGGUCCAAAGCCAGAUGUUGUGUCCUAUAAUACUGUGAUCAAGGGAUUUUGUAGAAAAGGGCUCAUGCAGGAGGCUAUUAGAAUUUUCUCAGAGAUGACCACUAAGGGGAUUCAACCAUGUAUAGUUACAUACAAUACUUUCUUGACAGGUUAUGCAUGGAUGGGGUCAUUUGCCGAAGCAAAAGAAGUCAUUAGAUAUAUGAUUGAGCACAAUUGCAGGCCCAAUGAACUAACUUACAAGAUUGUAGUUGAUGGUUAUUGUAAAGCAAGGAAACAUAAAGAAGCCAUGGACUUUUUGUCUAAGAUUAAGGAGAUUGAUAUCUCUUGUGAUGAUCAAUCUGUGAAAAGGCUAGCCUCUUGCAUAAGGGAGAGUUUAGGGACUUGACUUUGUCACCUAUUCAUUGGGUUUCUUUUUAUAUAUAUAAAUAUAAUA